AUGGAACCAGGAAAUGAUACACGACUAUUAGAAUUUCUACUUCUGGGAUUUUCAGAGGGACCAGAACUUCAGCCCCUCAUAUUUGGGCUUUUCCUCUCCAUGUACCUGAUCACUGUGUUUGGGAACCUGCUCAUCGUCCUGGCCGUCAGCUCUGACUCCCACCUCCACACGCCCAUGUACUUCUUCCUGGCCAACCUGUCCUUUGUAGACAUCUGCUUCACCUCCACCACCGUCCCGAAGAUGCUGGUGAACAUCCAGACUCAGAGUAAAGUUAUAACCUAUGAUGACUGCAUCACACAGAUGGACUUCUUCUUAAUCUUUUCAGUGUUGGACAUAUAUCUCCUGACCAUGAUGGCCUAUGACAGGUUUGUGGCCAUCUGUCACCCGCUGCACUACACAGUCAUGAUGAAACCCCAGCUCUGUGGACUGCUGGUUCUGGUGUCCUGGAUCAUGAGUGUCCUGCAUUCCUUGUUACAAACCUUAAUGGUGUUGCAGCUGUCCUUCUGUACAGAGGUAGAAAUUCCCCACUUUUUUUGUGAACUCAAUCAGAUGACCCAACUGGCUUGUUCUGACACCUUUUUAAAUAACUUGGUGAUGUAUCUUGCAGCUAUGCUGCUGGGUGGUGGUCCCUUCAUUGGGAUCCUUUACUCUUACUCCAAGAUAGCUUUCUGCAUACAGAGAAUCUCAUCAGCUCAGGGCAAGUAUAAGGCAUUUUCCACCUGUGCAUCUCACCUCUCCGUUGUCUCUCUAUUUUAUUGUACGGGCCUGGGAGUGACCUCAGCUCUGCUGCUGCCCAGAGCUCCCACUCAAGUGCCACAGCCUCGGUGA